AUGGCCCCAUCAGAGGAGCAUACCCCAUCCAUCUGGCUGAAGUACCAACCCUAUCAACCAGCCGCCCACACGCCCCUCCCCGCGCCCACACCGGCACCCCCAACGACCGAGAGACGACCUCACGCCCAUUUAUCCACACGUUACAAUCCUACCCUCGAAAAAGUCGUACCAGAUUUAGUUGAACCAAAGCGGGUCACGAGACUAGACGAGACAGACGAUAGCAGAGGAGACCAGACGAGACAAGACGAGACCAGACAAGACGAGGCAAGACGAAACCAGACGAGACCGGAGGAGACAAGACGAGACAAGACGAGACCAGACAAGACCAGACAAGACGAGACAAGACGAGACAAGGCGAGACCGGAGGAGACAAGACGAGACAAGACGAGACCAGACAAGACGAGGCAAGGCGAGACAAGACGAGACCAGACGAGACCAGACGAGGCCAGGCGAGACAAGACGAGACCAGACGAGGCCAGACGAGACAAGACGAGACAAGACAAGACCGGAGGAGACAAGACGAGACAAGACGAGACCAGACGAGACAAGGCGAGACCGGAGGAGACAAUACGAGACAAGACGAGACCAGACGAGACCAGACGAGACAAGACGAGACCAGACCAGACAAGACGAGACAAGACGAGACAAGACGAGACCAGACGAGACCGGAGGAGAAAAGACGAGACAAGACGAGACCAGACAAGACGAGGCAAGACGAGACCGGAGGAGACAAGACGAGACAAGACGAGACCAGACAAGACGAGGCAAGACGAGACCGGGGGAGACAAGACGAGACCAGACGAGACAAGACGAGACCCCCAGACAGACCGACGUAAAGUUGGUAUCGAUCUCCAUGUGUUGAGUUUAGUCUUCGCUGAUGUGGUAUAA